CACGCAGCGGCGUCAGUUCAGAGUCGCACAAUUAUGAAAAAGCAACCUUCCGCUGGAGCUGCAGCUAGGGCAGAUUUCACCAGCGACAACUGGACUUUCCUUCCAAGGCUAACAGAAAAGAACACCGCCGAUAGAUGGAUAAAAGCCUCGGAGAAGCUCUUCCUGAGUCUCAACGGUGAAGAGAAUGUCCCAGAAAUCCUGGAUAGAAAGCACUUUCACCAAGAGGGAAUGUGUCCACAUACUUCCAGUGUCGAAAGACCCCCACAGAUGCCUUCCAGGAUGUCAGAUCUGCCAGCAGUUGGUGAGAUGCUGCUGUGGUCGGCUGGUACGGCAGCAUGCUGGGUUUACAGCCAGCCUGGCCAUGAAGUACUCAGACGUGAACUUGGGUGGGGGGGCAGAGGGUGGGGUGCAGCCGGAGUUGGAGGAGUGGGCUGUGGACAAACACACACAGGAGAGCCCUACAGACGCUUACGGCAUCGUUAACUUCCAGGGAGGGUCGCACUCUUACAGAGCCAAGUAUGUGCGUCUGUCCCAUGACAGCAGGCCAGAGAGCAUCCUGAGGCUGAUGCUGAAUGAGUGGCAGAUGGAGCUUCCUAAGAUCCUCAUCUCUGUCCACGGAGGCAUCCAGAACUUUGACCUGCACCCCCGAAUCAAACAGGUGGUGGGGAAGGGCCUGAUCAAAGCGGCUGUCACCACCGGGGCAUGGAUACUGACAGGAGGGGUUAACACAGGUGUUGCCAAACAUGUGGGUGAUGCGUUGAAGGAACACUGUUCUAGAUCGUCAAGGAAGAUCUGUACAAUUGGAGUCGCUCCCUGGGGCGUCAUUGAGAACCGCAAUGACCUCAUCGGGAGAGACGUUGUAGCCCCCUACCAGACGUUGCUGAACCCACUAUCCAAGCUCAACGUGUUGAACAACCUCCACUCCCACUUCCUACUGGUGGAUGAUGGGACGGUGGGGAAGUACGGAGCUGAGGUCGAACUACGCCGCGAGCUGGAAAAACACAUCAAACUGCAGAGGAUACACGCACGAAUUGGUCAGGGUGUUCCUGUGGUAGCGCUGAUAUUUGAGGGGGGUCCCAACGUAAUUCUGACGGUGUUGGAGUACCUUCAGGAGACUCCCCCUGUUCCGGUGGUGGUCUGUGAGGGGACUGGGCGUGCUGCUGACAUACUGGCCUACGUCCACAAACAGACUGAGGAGGGGGGGGGUCUACCUGACGGUGUGGAGACGGAAAUCAUCGCUACGAUCAAAAAGACGUUCAACUUCAGCCACAGCGAUGCUUUGCACCUCUUCCAGACCCUUAUGGAAUGUAUGAAGAGCAAAGAACUGAUCACUGUGUUUCAUAUCGGCUCUGAGGACCACCAGGAUAUCGAUGUGGCCAUACUGAGGGCAUUACUGAAAGGCACCAAUGAGUCUGCGUUUGACCAGCUGGUUCUGACUCUGGCCUGGGACCGGGUGGACAUCGCCAAGAACCAUGUGUUUGUCUACGGACAGCAGCUACUGGUGGGUUCGUUGGAGCAGGCCAUGCUGGAUGCCUUAGUGAUGGACCGUGUGGAGUUUGUGAAGCUCCUGAUUGAGAAUGGAGUUAGCAUGCACAGGUUCCUUACCAUCACACGGCUGGAGGAGCUAUACAACACGGUAACACACACACACACACGGCUGGAGGAGCUAUACAACACGGUAACACACACACACACACGGCUGGAGGAGCUAUACAACACGGUAACACACACACACACACGGCUGGGGGAGCUAUACAACACGGUAACACACACACACACAUGGCUGGAGGAGCUAUACAACACGAAACAAUCCCCUACCAAUCCCACGCUCUUCAACCUCGUAAGGGAUGUCAAACAGGGUAAUCUCCCCCCAAACUACAAGAUGACCUUAAUUGACAUUGGCCUGGUGAUAGAGUACCUGAUGGGCGGGACUUACAGGUGCAACUACACCAGGAAACGCUUCAGGAUCAUCUACAACAAUCUCCAUGGCAACAGCAGGAGGUCAGGUCGCCACUCUGCAGGGCCUGGGUCCCACCUGAGGAAGAGCCAAGAGUCGUUCAGUAUCCAGGCCGACAAGAAGGAGAAGACCAGGCACAACCACUUCAUCAAGACUGCACAGCCAUACAAACCCAAGUUGGAGUCGGCGACAGACCAGUCCAAGAAAAAAGCCAAGGAGGAGAUAGUUGACAUCGACGACCCGGAGACACGCAGAUUCCCGUACCCGUUCAAUGAGCUGCUGAUGUGGGCCGUCCUGAUGAAUAGGCAGAAGAUGUCUCUGUUCUUCUGGCAGCAUGGGGAGGAAAGCAUGGCCAAGGCCCUGGUGGCCUGUAAACUCUGUCGCUCCAUGGGCUAUGAGGCCAAGAAGAGUGACGUCGUCGACGACACCUCCCAGGAACUCAAGGACUACUCCAAUGAAUUUGGCACCCUAGCAGUGGACCUCCUGGAGCAGUCGUUCAGACAGGAUGAAACCAUGGCGAUGAAACUGCUGACCUACGAACUGAAGAACUGGAGUAACAGCACCUGUCUGAAGCUGGCCGUGUCGUCGCGGUUACGACCCUUCGUGGCUCACACCUGUACCCAGCUGCUGCUGUCAGACAUGUGGAUGGGACGACUCAACAUGAGGAAGAACUCCUGGUACAAGGUGAUCCUCAGUAUCCUUGUGCCUCCUGCCAUCCUCCUGUUGGAGUACAAGACAAAGGCAGAGAUGUCCCACAUCCCUCAGAGUCAGGACGCCCAUCAGAUGACCAUGGAGGACAGCGAACACAACUUCCAGAACACCACCGACAACAUACAGAUGGACGUGUUCCAGGAGGCGAAGGCGGAUGACACCGUGGAGGUGAAGGAUGAGGCGGAGACACAGGUCCGCUCCCGAAGACUUCCUCUAACCAGGAAGUUCUACGCCUUUUACCACGCCCCCAUCGUCAAGUUCUGGUUCAACACGCUGGCGUACCUGGGCUUUCUGAUGCUGUACUCGUUUGUCGUUCUGGUCCGGAUGCCCGAGUUUCCGUCUCCUCAAGAGUGGGUGGUCAUCCUCUACAUAUUCACCUCCGCCAUCGAGAAGAUACGAGAGAUGUUUAUGUCUGAAGCUGGGAAGAUUAGCCAGAAGGUUAAAGUCUGGUUCAGUGACUAUUUUAACCUCUCAGACUUCCUGGCUAUUGUCACCUUCUUUGUGGGCUUUGGAUUGAGGAUCGGAGGAGAGGAUGUGCUUGUCCCAGGCCGGACUGUGUAUUGCUUGAAUAUCAUCUUCUGGUACGUGAGACUCCUAGAUAUUCUGGCAGUCAACCAGCAAGCAGGACCGUAUGUCAUGAUGAUCGGUAAAAUGGUGGCCAAUAUGUUUUAUAUUGUGGUGAUCAUGGCGGUGGUGUUGUUGAGUUAUGGCGUGCCGCGGAAAGCCAUCCUGUACCCAAAUGAGGAGCCCAGUUGGACGCUGCUCAAAGACGUGGUCUUCCAGCCAUACUGGAUGAUGUACGGGGAAGUGUAUGCGUAUGAAAUCGACGUGUGUGCCAAUAAUACUGAUACGAAUGUGAAAUCCCUGUGCUCCACUUCAGUGUGGAUCACACCUUUCCUACAAGCAGUCUACCUCUUUGUCCAAUACAUAUUGAUAGUUAACCUUCUCAUCGCCUUCUUCAAUAAUGUGUACCUCCAAGUGAUGUCAAUCAGUAAUCUGGUAUGGAAGUACCAGAGGUAUCAUUUCGUCAUGGCCUACCAUGAGAAGCCAGUCCUCCCUCCUCCCCUCAUCCUCCUCUCCCACCUAGUCUCUUUCUUCUCCUGCAUCUGUCACAAGAGGAAGAAGGACAGUCACUCUUACGGACCAAAGUUGUUUCUAACGGAGGAGGAUCAGAAGAAGCUCCAUGACUUUGAGGAGCAGUGUGUGGAGACGUACUUCCAUGAGAAAAAUGACCAGUUCCACUCAGGGAGCGAAGAGCGCAUCCGCCUCACAUCAGACAGGGUUGAGACCAUGUGUAUCCAGCUGAAGGAGGUCGGUAAUAGAGUGAACUUCAUCAAGCGUUCCCUCCACACGCUGGACUCUCAGAUCGGCCACCUUCAGGACCUGUCAGCUCUGACCGUGGACACCCUGAAGACCCUGACCGCUCAGAGGGCCUCUGAAGCCAGCAAGGUCCACAACCAAAUCACCAGGGAGCUCAGUCUGUCCAAAAACUUUGCCCCCGGCCUGACCCCUCAGGACCCUACCCCUCAAUCCAAGGGGGUCAAACGCAGCGUGGGCGCCUACUUCGGUUCCUCCUUCCCCCAGGUGUCCGGGGUGGUGGUGGGGGGCAACAUGGCUGAUUCUCUGUUUGGGAGUGGGGUGGAUCCAAACCCGCCACUGACGCUCAGUCCCCCAGAGCGGAGAGGAGACUGGGCUGGGCUGGGGCACCAAGCUACUGCUGCUAUAGAGGCUGGAUCCUCCACGGGUGGCAGUGCCAGUGCCAGUCACAGUGCCUUCUCCCUCUGCCCAGCUCCGGCGCCCCCUACUGUCAGUCCUCCAGAGCUGCGGCUACGCGGCCACUCCUUCACCCAGUGGCAGCUGACCCGUCCAGUGCAGGUGGGCAUCUCCGACUGCCCCUCCAGCCUGCCCAGUGUGCCCUCUGCUAGGGCUGCUUUCUACGUCAGCUCUACCCCCUCCCAGCCCUCUGUCUCCAGCCACCCAGAACUCAGCCUGGCUGGGACAGACAAAGACAGAAUCUCUGCUUCCACCUCUGCCUUUGCUGUAGAGUUUGGUGCGUUUGUUGGUCAUAAAGACAACCUGCACUUGGACCUGCAGCGCUCCUUCCCCAGAGACAUCUCCUCCACAGCCGCCUCCUCCAGACAGCUCAGCCCAGCCACGCAGCACAGGGAACAGGGUCAUCCUGAAGGCCAAGGUAAUAUGAGGAUGGUCAACUCGUAUGCUGGCUUCACUGAGUUUGACCGGAGUCCCUCCUUCCUCCAUCCAGACUCCUCUCUGAGUAAGAGAGAGAGGAGCGGCGUGUCAGCGGAAGACAUCCUCAUCCACGAAGACCCCAGAGCUGCACUACUACUGGAGAGGGCUCAGGUCAAGACAGCUCAGGCCAGCAGUCUCAGGGCACCAGGGGAGGACUCGGGUAUAAAUGCUGCAUCAUGUCUCUACAGACACGCCCACCUGGGGAGCAGGAAGGAUUCAAUAGUCAUGAGAGGAGAGCUUGCAACAAUUGGUUCCCCUUUCAAGCCAAUGGAAAGCUACCAAUACUCAGCUGUGGAGCGUAACAACCUGAUGAGGCUGUCUCAGAGCAUCCCCUUCACCCCAGUGCCCCCUAGAGGUGAGCCAGUAACAGUGUAUCGUCUGGAGGAGAGUUCUCCCAACACCAUCAACAACAGCAUGUCCUCCUGGGCCCACAAAGGUCUCUGUGCCAAGAUAGAGUUCCUCAGCAAGGAGGAGAUGGGAGGGGGGCUGCGACGGGCACUCAAGGUGCUGUGUACGUGGUCGGAGUAUGACAUUCUGAAGCCAGGUCACCUGUAUAUCGUUAAGUCCUUCCUACCAGAGGUGGUCCAGACCUGGCAGAGCAUCUACAAGGAGGACACUGUACUGCUGCUCUGUCUCAGGGAAAUCCAACAGCAGAGAGCUGCUCAGAAACUAACAUUUGCAUUCAACCAAAUGAGGCCCAAGACAAUCCCUUACUCUCCCAGGUUUCUGGAGGUGUUUCUGUUGUACUGUCACUCAGCAGGCCAGUGGUUCGCUAUAGAGGAGUGUAUUACUGGGGAGUUCAGGAAGUUUAACAAUAACAACGGGGACGAGAUUGUCCCAACCAACCUUCUGGAGGAGACCAUGCUGGCCUUCAGCCACUGGACAUACGAGUACACCCGGGGAGAGCUGUUAGUGCUGGACCUACAAGGAGUGGGGGAGAUUCUGACUGAUCCGUCUGUCAUAAAGAGUGGAGAGAAGGGGUCAUAUGACAUGAUAUUUGGUCCUGCCAACCUGGGAGACGACGCCAUCAGAAAUUUCCGGGCCAAACACCACUGCAACUCUUGCUGCAGGAAACUUAAACUUCCUGAUCUGAAGCGGAACGAGUACACACCGGACAAACUGAUGCUGCCUCAGGACGAAUCACACGACCCCGGAAGCGGGACCCGCCACUCAAUGAGGCUCAUGCUCUGAUCCUAUAGGACACAACCAGAGAGAAGAGGCCGGUGCUGUUAUUCUAUUGGCCAAUGCCAGAGAGGAGGGAGGAAGAAGUAGUGCGCACAGCUCAUGGCUAGAAGGGAUCCAGCUUUUGUCAAAUUAGCAUCAGAUUUGAGUUUUCUUUGCAGAUUGGAACGACUUAACGCAGCAGGUUAGGAGAAUUAUGUUAAUGUUAGGAAAAUAUCUAGGGUUAGCAAAAAAUAUAUAUACUUUUUUCAUUCAUUUGACAAAAGCUGGGUCUAGCCAUGACACCUCAUCCAAUCAACUGGAAGAGCCACACCUGUGUUUCCAUGGAGACGCAUGCAUGCAGAACUGUUACUUUUGUAUCUGCCCAACCAAGGCCAAUCAGCAACCAAGAUGAUUUCAAAAAAUUAAAAAAAUGUAAAUGGGGAACAAAACUUUUUAAAGAUGUUUUUUACUACAAGUUUAUAUGUUAUGAGUGUGUAUAUAUCUAUAUAUAAAUGGCUAUCAACAGGUACAAUAUCAUUGCAUAAAGAGACAGUAUGGUACUUCUGAACUAUGAAAAGUUGCCUUGUAUAAACUAAAGUGCAUUGUCUGUCUGUAAUGCAAGACUGUAAGGGUCAACCUGCUGAGAUACAAUUUGCAACACUUUAUACAGAAUGUCACCAGAUACUUUUUUAUAAAUGUAAAAUACAUGUAUUAUUAUGGCAUUAGUGGUUCAUAUUUAAUGAGAAGACACAUGAAUUUGAAAAUCUUGUAAAAUAUGGGCAGAUUGCAAUGCAACUUUUACAGUACAUAUAUGUAAUAAUUGUAUUGUGUUGAACUCUUCUGAAAUGUGUCCACUGAAUAUUGCUGAUAGUUUUUAAAUGUUACAAUGCUGGUACUAUUAUUGUUAUUUCUUUGUCAUCACGUAUUGAAUGAGCAAAUACCAAUCCAGUGUAUCUUAUAGAUACUUAUAUCUGCUACUGAGCAGAAGCAGAUGCUGUUUUUUUCAGGGGAGUGUAGGGGUCUAUUACUCUAUACAUGUUCUACUGUAUAACAUUUUAAAUGAAUAAAAUGACAGUUAUGUUCCA